AUCAACAUCUUUCUCAAUCUAUAAAUCAAUCAAGUCAGUCCUACGAAACACAGGUUCUAUGUAAUAUCUUUUAAAACAUAUAUUACUUAAUCAAUCAUUCUGAUUUGAUCAAAAUAUUUUCUCAUGUCUAGUGAUAUAAUAACAAAUCCAACACUUAGUGAGAAUGGAUAUGCAUAUAAACAUUUUCAAAAAAUUAGCGAUUAUAACUCUUACAAGAGUCCAAAUAUAAAUUCUAUUUCAUCUGAUAAAGCAGUAAAGUCAUGGGAUUUAGAUCCACCCUAUCACCCUGAUUUGCUUGAAGAAUAUUAUCCAAAUGACUGGAAAUAUGACAACACCACAGAAAAUGAUCGUAAUAUACACAUAGAUACAGAAACUAUGGCUAAUCCGUACAGUGACACAAUAAACUAUCCUACGGAACAUGAUGACGACCAUAUGAACAAAAAUGUUGAAAAUUAUGAUAAUCUGAACCGUAUGGCGGCUGAUCCUUUUUUGACAAGUUAUACUGAGGACUAUAAACCUUAUGGUAAAUUUUAUAGAGAAGACCCGAUUAUACCCCUCUCACAGUGGGAAUCACCUCAUGACAAUGAUUUACUAGAUAGUACUUAUCAAGAUGAUUACCAGCCCUACAAGUUGGAUAAAGUUAAUGAUUAUAGACCUAGAGAGUUUUAUUUACCUCCACAAGAACCUAUGGACACAAACACUACCUACAAUCUAGACUACCCACCCCGUUAUUCCCAGAUGGAAAAGAGUUUUAAACCAUACGAAUCCUAUGUACCUCCUUCAGUGCCAAUGUCGAACAUUACAAGCUAUCAGUUAGAAUAUGAGGAUCCUCCUUGGUCACCUAAAGAAAUGCCUUUCCGAAUGAAAGACCACGAAACGUUUCCAAAGGGUAAAUUUCAAAGUGAAACGAGUUAUAUCACAGACUACCCACCAAAAGUGGCUCAACCUGUUCACUCCUUCAAACCGUAUAGAAAGUAUAGAACGCCUACAGAGCCUAUGUUAAGCCAAACAAGUUAUCAAAUAGACUAUAUAUUCCAACCACGGUCGAAACCGACAUCUUACUCUCCCGUUUAUGUCUAUCAGCAACCUAAAGUACCAUUCCAGAAAAACACGAGUUAUUCCGAAGAGUUUCAACCUCAUCUAUUCUCAAAACCUGAAAGCUUUAAACCUGUUUAUGAGUACCGGAAACCUAGAAUGAAAAUGGAAAACAUUACUGCCUAUAGUUCAGACUACAGACCAUGGCACGUUAAAAAAGAUGACCCAUUCUAUCCCAAAGAUAAUAUUUAUUUGCCUCGUGUUAAUAAUGAAAUGAUUACGAGUUAUAUGGAUGAGUUUCCAUCUAGGUAUACACAAAAGUUAUAUCCUAUAAAACAAAAAGAAAACAGGUGGCUUAGUGAUGAAGCGUUAUCCAGUCAAACUACAUAUCUGAAUGACUUUAGACCAGUCACACCAGAACCAUCAAUGUCAUACAAACCUACGGAAGUUUAUAGGUCACCAAGUCUACCUGUGGUUUCACAGUCAUCUUAUGCUGAGGACUUCAUUCCGAGAUAUGCGAAAAAACGGGACCCAUUAUUGCCUAAAUCUAAUCUAAAAGUUUCAAAACUACCAAUGGAUAAGACUUCUUCAUAUUCAGAGGAAUUUCAAUACCGCAGAGCAAAGAAAACGGAGAAUUUAAAACCCAUAUAUCGUUACAAGCAUCCAAGUGUACCAUUUUCUGGUAAGACAAGUUAUCAGCUAGAAUUUUGUCCGCCAUCUAGAGAGUAUAAAUGUAACCAAAGCUGCCCACCAACCACACGUUAUUCAUAUAUGUAUCCUGCUACUAGGAUGAACAUGACAACUUCUUAUACUGAUGACUUUAGACCAAUAAAAAAUCCAUCAAGACUUCAACCAAUAGUAAAAGAAGAUAACCUUAAAAUAAAUUAUUUGAUCAACAACGACCUGAAAACAAGUUAUUCAACUGAUUAUGUGAAUUAUUAUGAACCAGAUAUAAAUCCGUACAAGAAUGAAGGUGAAUGUAUUCAACCCAGUGAAAAUGUUCACACUGAAACAACGAAUUCACGUAAUAUCUUACCAAAAGUAAACUUUCAGAACACUCUUUCUGAGACAAAAAAAUAUUCUCCACAAACUUCUGAUGGAAAUAAAGUAGAUAAUCAUUAUUCAAAUACAACAUACCAUCAAGGAUUUUCAAAACUACCACCUAUUCAACAAAUAAAUCAAUUCCGACCCCAGGAAUACUAUGUUCCACCAACAGUUAAAAUGUCAAAUGAAACAACUUAUUCAAGUGAUUAUAAAUGGCCCGAAUUUAUGGUCGGUGCUAAAAUAAAUUCAAAUAAUUAUAAUAAUGUAAACAGUUCAUAUGACUAUUCUGAUAAUAAUUCAAACAACCUCAAUCAAUAUUCUAAUAAUUCUGAAUUCACCAGUACUGAACUGUCCAAAUUUAAUAACACAACCGCUGAAAAUUCAAAUAUCUCACCUGAUUUGUGUCGUACAAAUAAUAAUCCCAAUUACAGCAAUCAGGAUAGUAGCGAGGAUGCUUUAGGUAAAUUUAUGAAUUUAAUGUCACAAAAUAGAACAGAUAUAUGAUUUAAAACUUUAUGUAUUCUAAAAUGUGGUUCAACCUUCUUUUAAGAAAGAAUUGUUAACAUAGUAAUGGGAAAACACGCUAGGAAAGUAAACAAUUUAUAACUAAAAGAAGAUACGUAUGUAGUCAUCGAAUAUUUUGAAACAUUAGAGAGCACAUUUUGUAUUAUUUUUCAAUAUAUAUUUUUUCUUUUAUUUA